AGACGACUGUGAUACCAAACAUUGCCGUGUCAAAAUCGUUUAUAGCUCAGAUUUGUCCACGUGUCGCGAUGUGAUUGGAAGAGCUGCCGUUACUUUUACGCAACCUCGAAUCAUUUUAAGCUAUAAAUUCGAAAGCCCCAUUCCACAGCAUUCAUAUAUUCAUAUAUUUUCGUUUGUUGCAGAGAAGAGAAACCCUAGCACACUGAAUCAAGAUGCAAAUUUUCGUUAAGACCCUCACCGGCAAGACCAUCACUCUCGAAGUUGAGAGUUCAGAUACCAUAGACAAUGUUAAGGCCAAGAUUCAAGACAAGGAAGGGAUCCCUCCUGACCAGCAGCGUCUCAUUUUUGCUGGCAAGCAGCUCGAGGAUGGGCGUACUCUUGCUGAUUACAACAUACAGAAGGAAUCCACCCUCCAUCUUGUGUUGCGACUUCGCGGUGGGAUGCAAAUCUUUGUGAAGACUCUCACUGGAAAGACCAUCACCCUUGAGGUGGAGAGCUCUGAUACCAUUGACAAUGUCAAGGCCAAGAUCCAGGACAAAGAGGGCAUUCCCCCAGACCAACAAAGGCUCAUCUUUGCUGGCAAACAGCUCGAAGAUGGCAGAACUUUGGCUGAUUACAACAUCCAGAAAGAAUCUACCCUCCAUCUUGUGUUGCGACUUCGUGGUGGUAUGCAGAUUUUUGUGAAGACCCUUACCGGCAAGACAAUUACUUUGGAGGUAGAGAGCUCUGACACAAUUGACAAUGUGAAGGCUAAGAUUCAAGACAAGGAGGGUAUUCCACCAGACCAGCAAAGGCUCAUCUUUGCCGGAAAGCAGCUUGAAGAUGGCCGAACUUUGGCCGAUUACAACAUCCAGAAAGAAUCAACCCUCCAUCUUGUUUUGAGACUUCGUGGUGGUAUGCAGAUUUUUGUGAAGACCCUCACCGGCAAGACAAUUACUUUGGAGGUGGAGAGCUCUGACACAAUUGACAAUGUGAAGGCCAAGAUACAGGACAAGGAGGGUAUCCCUCCAGACCAGCAAAGGUUGAUUUUUGCUGGAAAGCAGCUCGAAGAUGGCCGAACUUUGGCCGACUACAACAUCCAGAAAGAAUCAACCCUCCAUCUUGUUUUGAGACUUCGUGGUGGUAUGCAGAUUUUUGUGAAGACCCUCACCGGCAAGACAAUUACUUUGGAGGUAGAGAGCUCAGACACAAUUGACAAUGUGAAGGCUAAGAUACAGGACAAGGAGGGUAUUCCCCCAGACCAGCAAAGAUUGAUUUUUGCUGGAAAACAACUCGAAGAUGGACGAACCUUGGCUGAUUACAAUAUCCAGAAGGAAUCCACCCUUCAUCUUGUCCUUCGUUUGAGGGGAGGUAUGCAAAUCUUUGUCAAGACUUUGACAGGAAAGACCAUUACUUUGGAGGUAGAAAGUUCAGACACAAUCGAUAAUGUGAAGGCAAAAAUACAGGACAAGGAGGGAAUCCCACCAGAUCAGCAGAGGUUGAUCUUUGCUGGGAAGCAAUUGGAGGAUGGAAGGACUCUUGCUGACUACAACAUUCAGAAGGAGUCUACUCUUCACCUUGUUUUGCGCCUUCGUGGUGGAUUUUAAGAAUGAUAAGAAUGAUAUUGGGACUAAAACCGUAAACCGUUUAUAGUCUUUAGCUUUUAUGUUUCAGAACUUGUAUAAUGGGUCCGUGUAAUGCCCUGUAAAACUAUUGUUUGUGAUGUGGUUUGGGUGUGAUUCUGCUCCUGUUUUACUUAAUGAAUAUGGACAGUUUGUUGGUUUAUUUGAGAUUCCAAAAAUUACAUGCAGAUUUGAAAUUGGUGAUGA